GUGAGUGAGGCUGAGUGGCUACGUGGUGAAGACGCUUCUAGAAGCGGUUACACUCCUUGACUGGUUUUCAUCCUCCAAAAAGCCCUGCGGAGUGACAUGUUAGUGCUUUGCUUCUGCCCCCACUGGGAGGAGCCCUGGAGGAGAGAAGAGCCCAGGAGCUCCGGGCCGGACGAAAGCCCUGGGCUGUUCCUGCCAGGACGACCCGGAGACAACAGGGAGGUCCCCAGGGACAGGAGGGGGCGAGGUGAGGAGGCCGCGACAAACAGGAAGCCCCUAACCAGACCCACGGCGGCGAAGGGGGGUUACAGCGAGCAGAAGCAACAUCUCAAGACCAGCCUCCCCAACGGUUUCCAGAGAUGGAUUAUCUUACUUUCUUCUUCGCUAUUCUUCACGUAUACAGAGCGCUUUGUGAAGAGAUGGUUUGGGACACGACUGUUAAACUUGCUGAGAAUAUGAGCCUGGAGUGUAUAUAUUCAUCUCUGGACACCUUAGUUCAGCUGGAAUGGCACAAGAUCACUACGACCAACAGAGAGCUCAUGGCCAUUUUCAGCCCUACUUACGGUUUGAGUGUAAAGCCACCCUAUACUGAGAGGGUUUCCUUUUUAAAUUCCACCAUGGCGCCCAAUGAUAUGACCCUGUCCUUUCAUAACGUCUCUGAGGCCGAUGUUGGCUUCUAUUCCUGCUUUCUGCACACUUUCCCACAAGGACAUUGGGAGAAGGUGAUCCAGGUGGUUGCCUCAGAGAUGCAGGCCAGGUCAGGGUUACUUCCAGUUCAUUUGUACCAUGAAGGUAUAUCCCUCACGCACUUCAGCUGCAGGAGGGUCUUCUCUUCAGUUCCGCACCUCAGCUUUGAGAUCGCUGUGCCAUCAAGGAACCACAUCGUCUCAGAACCUGGGAAAAAUGUCACACUCACCUGUCAGCUUCCACAGAAGGGGCCAGUACAGCAAGUUACAUGGGAAAAGAUCCAGCCCCAUCAGAUUGACCUCUUGACUAGCUGCAACUUGUCCCAAGGGAAAGGUUAUGCUUCAAAGUACCAAAGACAGAUACUGAGCAACUGUAGUCCGGGCAUGACAAGCUCCUUCAUCCUCAUGCCCCACGUCAUGGCCUCUGACUCGGGACUCUACCGCUGCUGCUUCAAGGCUAGCACAGGGGACAAUGGAACCUUGGAAACAAUCGCAAUGAGAUUGACUGUAACCGAUGGUAAAACUGAUAACCAAUACACUCUCUUUGUGGCCGGAGGGGCAGUUUUAUUGUUGCUGUUUGUUGUUCUAAUUACCACGGUCACCGUCAUUUCUUCUAAGAGGAGAAGGAGUCAGAAGAAACUCUUUAAAGACUCCUGUGAUGCACAGAAGAAGGCAGCCAACAACUACAGAAAUCCCGACUCUACCAAUCAGUCAUCGGAUGGUGCAAGAGAGGAUAUUUAUGUCAACUACCCAGCCUUCUCUCAGAGGCCAAAGACCAGAAUCUAAGCGUUUUCCUUGAGCUGAGCAGAUUUAUGAUGACUGUUUUAUAUUAUUUUUUUUCCCACUACUCAGUGCCUACCCUGAAUACUAGUUGGAUACAUUUAUUUAAUUUGAUAGGAAAAAUACCUUCUAACCUGGAGAACAUUCUUAACAGAAUUGUUUUAGAAACCCUGAUUCUCAUUAGUAUAUACAUAAAGGGAAACUCACUGAGUCACGUUAUGGAACAAUCCAGAGGGGAUCCAGCUUCAGACAAGAGUUAUUUUCUAAGGUUUAAAUGUCACAUCUUGGAUUAAGUAUGGGCAUAAACCUGUUUCUGGGUCUCCUUUCGUGGUGUUGGAUCCACUGUAUUGGUGUUGGCCUAACUCUUAUUCACGUGUUUCCUUGUGUUUCCAACAACUCUUGGAAAUUCAUAAUCCUUGUUUCUGCCUGGUAGAGAGUUUACUUCUCUGAUAAAGUAAAUGGAUUUGGUUAUUUAAGCAUCAUUGAACAGGCAUCAAGACUGGAAAGGAUGUAAUGGCUUAAGUCAAUUAAGGGUUCAUCUCUAGAACAAGGACCGAGGCCAAAGCUUAUUACCAGGGAAUUCAGAGUAUCAUUAGAGGAGGGAGAUGGGGAGAUGUUGGCUGGUGACCAACAAAUGUGGACUGCAAGCCAUUCCCAAACAUCUCCUGUUGACCAACUGAGAAGAGAACAUGUGGACAGAUCUGGGUUAGCGCUGUCUCUCCCCACUUUAAAAUCUGCUCUAUCAGCACAGGCCAGAAGAGUAGUUGGCAGCAGAAAUAAAUGAAUGGUCAAGAGGAAGACAAAUAGAACAUGGGAAUCUCUUCCUUUUCUAUCAUCAAAUGAAAGAAUCCCUGAUUCUGCCUGGAACUCUUCCCACCCUCUCUGGCUUAGCUUUAUGAGCAAGGGUAGUACAUGGUCCAAUAAUAACUUCAUGUUUUUGAUAUUGAAUUUUUCUACUUUUGAGAACUAUUUUAAAUAUGUGAAGUCUCUCAAAAGAGUCAGGCAUCUAGGCAUUAUUAGUUGUUUUUCUUUUUUAAUAAUUAUGGGAAAUCUGAAUAUAAGAAAAAGAACGUUAGUUGCAAGUGCGGUUUGGGUUGUGGUAGAACCGUGACGGGGAGGAACUUUGGAGGACUAUAGGGAAGGAGGAACAGGGAACAAAGAAUGGGAAGACACAGAGAGAACCUUGUCUUCCUUUACAGUUUGACCAAAGACAACCCUAGUGAUGUCAGUACACAGUAGUUAGUGACUGUCCUGCCAUUGUCCACAUUCUAGAUGGGGUCACAUAAUGAAAAGUAGUUCUGAAGCUAAAUAAGGAUCAUGGGCACCUUGAAACCACAGUGGUCAUUACCAAAGAGAGAGGUCAUUAAUGUCUCAAAUAUUUAUACUCAUCUCUAAAACAUUCACCACAAAAAUUGCAUGUAAGUGUCAAAGCUGUAGGUUUUUAUGAUAAUUUUAAGUGAACCAAAACCAAAUUCUCAUG